CGGAUAUACUAGUAAAACGCAGUAUUAGACGUUAAACAAAUAUCAACAUACUUGACAGGAAAGAAGCAGCGGACACUAGCGGCUGUUCGGUCACAGUUUCUGACGGACGUUUUAUGGUGUGACACAACAUACCGGUACGUGCCAUUUUCGUUUGUCAAACUGAACACAAUGCUAGCCAGCAGCUGACAAAAUGAGUUUGUUUUUGGCCAAAUUGUCAUGCAAAAGGGACAUAGACGAGGUAAUAAAAACGGUCGCCGAAAAGGUUUUAGUUCUUCGGUUUGGAAGAGAUGAAGACUCGGUCUGCCUGCAGCUUGACGAGAUUCUGUCCAAAACCUCCCACGACCUGAGUAACAUGGCGUCUAUCUACAUCGUGGAUGUGGACUCGGCUCCCGUCUACACGAGAUACUUCGACAUCAGCUACAUCCCGUCUACCGUCUUCUUCUUCAACGGACAACACAUGAAGGUUGAUUAUGGGUCUCCAGAUCACACCAAGUUUGUGGGCAGUUUUAAGACCAAGCAGGACUUCCUGGAUCUGAUCGAGGUGAUCUACAGAGGAGCUAUGAGGGGGAAGAUGAUCGUCAAGAGUCCUAUCGACCCUCAGAACAUCCCCAAGUACGACCUGCUCUACCAUGGGAUCUAAUCCCAUCACGACCUGCUCAACCAUGGGAUCUAACCCCAUCACGACCUGCUCAACCAUGGGAUCUAACCCCAUCACGACCUGCUCAACCAUGGGAUCUAGAUUUCACCACGAUUCCCCACCCUUCAGCGCGGUUUCAAGCACCCUGGCUGCAGAUGUUGUCUGGCACGGUUUGAGCGCUCAAGCUGCAGAUCUUGUCUGGGGGGCCUUCAGCACGGUUUGAGUGCUCAAGCUGCUGACAAUUCAUGGGAAAAGAAAACGUCUGACCAGCACAGAACGGAUUGGCCUGGACAACUGUGGUAUUGGCGUUAUCAAGAGACCCCACUGCAGCUGGCGCCAUCUCACUUCACCAUUCAUACCGAUGUCGUGUUUAGUGAAACUGUCCAUAACGUGAGGGUUGAUGUUUCCUAGGGAAAUAGAUCUCUAUAAGAGACACAGGUACAUGUCAGAGUGGACAAUCCUUUAUUUCAUACAAUGAAGACUCGUUGCCAGCUGGACAUUUCUUGUUGCCUCUUGUUUUAUAGUGGGAAUGAAUGCUGAAUCUAAUGUAUGUUUGGUGACGAGGUCUGACCCCUUUUGAAAUUUGUGUUAAUAAAUGUGUCACUUCAAA